AUGACGGCGGUGCCUACUGCGGUAUGGUUCGCGGGCCUUUACGAGUGGUCUGCCGCGCCGAAAUUCCUAAAGUCGAAGAUGCUACAGGAGGCAGAGCAGCUGACUCUUUCCAUACACGAGAGAGAGGCUCACCACCUCGCAAAGGCUGCUGCCGACACAGCAAGGAUCAGCGAGUCGAACCGACUACGUGAUGGCAGCUCCAACAGCAAGAGUACGAGGGGGACUGCGAUACGAGUCGCUCCACUGGUCGAGAGCGGGAGGCGCACCCAUGAGGAGGAAGUCCUGGUGACAGCUUCGCCACACUGCAGCGAAUUCGGCUACAGGUCGAGUGCCGCAGCGGAGGAACCCGAAACGGACGCGGCUACGCCGACAGCGAGAUCUCAGCAGCAACAACCGCAGCAGCAGAUAACCCCGUGGACGGCAAGUUCGCCCUCGAGCAUUCCGGCAGAGUGGGGGCAAACACGGAACGCACCUGUCGAAACGGUCAGCGUGCCGUCGCUGUCUGCCGCGCGGGAGGGCGGCAGCGUUGUCGCGGCUGUUUCCCUUGCCAGGUCCGCCUCACAGCCGCAGCAGAAGGAUGGCUGCGGCUCUGAGGCAGCACCACGGCCGACGGCGCCAUCCCCGUUGCGUACAUCUCUUCUGCACCGCCCGAACUGCGGCUCUACGGCGUAUAGUCUUACUACCUUGUCGGAAACGAUAGAUGACAGGCUGAACGAGGCUUUGCUACGCUUGGAGGACGACGGUAACGAAGUGGGUGAGGCACUGGUGGAGCGGCGCGAGAAGGAGGCUCUCCUCCUCAUUGCCACGGAGGAAGACCUGAGCGGCACCCGCAUAUCAUCUUCAGAGGAGCUGAUGGCAAGCGCAAGUCAGCGGGCUGGGCUCGAUUACAGUGCAGAGGAUCGCGCCGACGUUCUAGGCAACACCCCGGCGUCCAAACGGUGGUCAUUAAAGCGAGGACGAGAAGAGGCAGCCCGUGGCGGACGGACAUCGCGCUCCGGCAACCGCCGAAUAUUCCGUGAAGGUGGCGAUGGUCGCCGCUUGUCGCGCGGGGGUUGCGCUAAGUCGGCCUGCGGCGCUGAGCUCUUGCAAUCCACGCGCGACCCCGCCAAAGAUGCACCUCCUCCACAACACCUGACGCGCGCGGAUAUUCGACGAACACACUCUAAUCAGCCACCAGAGGAAGAUUCUCAGGUUGUGUUUUUUGAUCAUUAG